AUGGCGCUAACUCUAUCCAACACAUUCCUCCAGAUACACCUCCCUCCUUCAACCCUCUCCAUCAACAAGGCGAGUAAAUUGAAAUUGGGGGCGAAUCCCCCACGGUGGACGUGCAGGAAGAAGGACAUACACCCUCAGUUCUACGAGGACGCUAAGGUGUACUGCAAUGGAGAGCUGGUGAUGACGACCGGUGGGACCAAGAAGGAGUACGUGGUGGACGUGUGGUCCGGAAACCAUCCUUUCUACCUGGGCAGCCGAUCCCAGCUUCUCGUCGACGCCGAUCAGGUCGAGAAGUUUCGGAAGAAGUUCGCAGGUCUAGAUCAGUUCAUGGAGAUUCCUGUGCUUAAAGGAGAGAUUAUACUCCCUCCCAAGCGCAAGUCUGGCUCUGGCAAAGGCGGCAAGAAGAAGUAG